AUGUUACCUAUAUGCUUAGCACUAGAUGCCCAGCCUGGGGCCUGGCCCUGGAUUGUGAGCAUCCAGGAUCCUGGAAAAAUAGGCACAGGGCACAUAUGUGGAGGGUGGCUCAUCAGCCCAGAGUGGGUCCUCACCGCAGCCCACUGCUUCAUCAAGGUCAGUACACCCCGUGCCAGGGUGCUCCUGAGCCCAGCUGAGGGACUGCUCAGGAGAAUGCGCAAUAUUAAGCAGCUCCUGGUUCAUGAACACUACAGUAACAUCAUGGAGAUGAACGACAUUGCCUUGCUGGAACUGGACCAGCCUGUCCAGUGCGGCUACAACGUACAGCUUGCUUGCGUGCCUGAUGCCUCACUAAGAGUGUCAGAGCUGACGACCUGCUACAUCAGUGGCUGGGGCUCUACCACUGCAAGAUGUGAAGGGGUUGUGCUGCAGGAGGCCAAGGUCUGCCUCAUUGAUGUCAACCUCUGCAAAAGCAGCGGGUGGUACAGAGGGACCAUCUGCAGCCACAACUUGUGUGCUGGCUAUCUGCAGGGGAGCACUGACACCUGCCAG